CGUCUCCACCACUACUCCCCACCCACAGAGGGAACAGAAGAUGAAGUACAUCAUUGGCAUUGGAGGCAUGACCAACGGAGGAAAAACUACACUGACCAAUAGACUCAGCAAAACCUUACCAAACUGCUGUGUGAUCCACCAGGAUGACUUUUACAGGCCACAAGAUCAAAUAGAAGUCGGGGAAGACGGCUUUAAGCAAUGGGACGUGCUGGAAUCUUUGGACAUGGAGGCCAUGUUGAACACCGUCCUGGAAUGGCUAAACAACCCCAUGAAGUUUGCCCACACCCAUGGGAUCAACAUCCAACAGAACUCCCAGGAAUCCAACUCCGAUGAUACCCACAUCCUCAUCCUGGAAGGCUUCUUGAUCUAUAGUUACAAGCCCUUGCUGGAUUUGUACAGUCGCCGUUACUUUUUGGCUGUUCCAUAUGAGGAAUGCAAGAGAAGAAGAAGUACCCGCAACUAUAAAGUUCCUGACCCUCCGGGUCUCUUUGAUGGCCAUAUUUGGCCCAUGUACCAGAAAUACAGGCAGGAGAUGGACAACAAUGGUGUGGAUGUAGUGCAUAUCGAUGGACUGAAAUCCAGAGAUGAGCUUUACCGUCAAGUCCUGGAAGACAUCCAGAAUACACUCUUAAAUCGCUCCUAGCUUCUGGGAAGAGAGUGAGAAAGGGAGUGGGACCUGCCCCUAACGGAUUUAGCAGAUCUCCAUCAUGCCAAAGGAACAAUACACUGAACCAAGUCCAUAGACUCUACGGGGCCCAGAGACAGGCGCCCUCAGCUCCUGGGGAGGUCAAACAAUAGUAGAAAGAAGAAACAGGGACAUUAAGACACUCCUCCAAAAACAAAAGAAAGGGGGAGCCAUGGGUAACCCUAGAGAACUUCUAAAUUUAGUUCUCUAUACCAUUAAUUUUUUAAUCUUUGAUAAAGAUGCACUGGCUCCAGCAGACAGGUUUUAUAACCCACCAGAAGAGCAGUGUCCAGUGCGAG